CAAACCCUCUAGCACUGCUGAAAUAAUUUAAUUAAAGCCUUGAUUAUUUAUUCUGAGACAAAAAGUCAGAACAUUAAGUUUAAAUCUGUGGUCGUUGUUUUCUCUCCCCUAAAUAUCUGCCGUAGGAGAUAAACCGCCAUUUUGUUUUUGGUAGUUUUUUAAAUUAAGAAGAAAAAAAAGACAAAAAAGUUUGGAUUUAUUUUUCAGCGGGAUGUUGAUGUUAGUGGAUAAUUAUGUGAAGAUAAGUAUAAAUUGAUCUAAAACACAUUACUGGUUAGGGUUAGUGUCAUUCUGUUGGGGAAAUUCAGACAACGCUAAAAGCAGGUUCCACUUUCAUGGUUCCUAAUAUUAAAGGGUAAUUCCAACCAAUGUUCCGCUCACGAGCGUCUUUAAUCUUUAAUCUGCUCAUGUUUUAAAACUUCAACACCUGGACCAGUGGUUCCCAACCUGGGGUUCAUCAUCCACCAAGGGGGUCCCCACCACAUUUGUGAGAACACAGCACAUCCCAGCACCUGCUGGUUUUAUCUUGAGAGGCUCCUUCUUCUCCAUGUUGGUGCUGAGAUGGUGAGGUUACUACACAGGAUCAGAGUUAAACCCAACCCACAGCCAGGGGGUCCUCCAGGACAGAUUGGGAACCACUGACCUAGACGCUGUAACCUGGACCAGGUUCUGCUACAGUGUCAGCAGAACCUGGUGAACAUAAAGAUUGUGCUUUUAUGGUCUUUCAUAAGCGUGAGAAUGAAAUUGUGUUAAAAUGUAGAACAUGUUGAGUUUCAUCUCGUCUGACGGGGCAGGUCUCUGGGUGCUCAGACAGGCUCAGGCCGGUGUGUACGGAUGUGGUCCCACAUAUCAUUUAUGUACACACCAGUAACAAUACUGGGAGUUCAAUGGUUAUGAACCAAACAUGAUAGAAGCCAGAGGUGAAGGUCCAUGCAUCUAACAAGAAACUUCAUUACUGAUCACCAGAGCUGCUGUAGAAGCUGAUCUCCAGUCCAGGUCCAGUCAGAAGGAUCCUCUCUUCCGUCACCAUCAGCAGCAGCUGGAUGUUCAUGACUACAAAGUGGUUUUCCAGCAUCAUGUCCACCGUCUGCAGCGCUUUGCCAGACCCGACAAAGUGAGAGGAGGCGGUUUGCUCCGUUUGCCCUGAAGAGCUGCACGAGGGCUUGUUCAUUUAGAUAUUACGCUCGUCAUGACCGUCGGCAGGCUCUGAGCGGGCCAGACUACAGGUUAGGGUUCUCCCGAUGACCAGUCUGCCACUGUGCACAGGAGACUCAUCCCUGGAUCAGGUGUGUGUGAGCAGGGAAACCACUGAGGCGUGCUGGUUCUCCACAUUCGCUCUGUGUGUUGAGUCAUAACACAGUGAAGUAAUUAGAUGUUUCUUUACCUCCAGCUGACGUGUUUCAGCCAGAACUUCUGCCUUUGCUCAUGUGCUGAUCCUAACCCUCCUGGCCCAGGGUUGCAUGUCCAUGGCCUUAACCAUAGACAACGGGGUGCAUAAACUGGUUACCAGCAUCAGCCUGUGGGACUCGUACUGGACCAUCACAGGUGUUUUGUGUGAUUUAAAGCCUGCUGAGAGGAGUUCCGUACCCUAACCCUCUGGUCAGGACGAGCUUCAGCGUGUUCACACUGCCACAAACUGCUUACCCAACGUACUCUUGUGAAACUUUGAGGAGGAGAAAGCCAGCUUAGCUAUCACAUAGUGGCUCCUCCCACAAACGGCAGACGCCACCUUCCUGCUCUAGGCUGUCUCACGUCACUCUGGGUUUAGCUGGCUUCCACACCGCCUCACAGCUGCAGAGCCGUGCCCAACGCAGGUGUGAGCUCCUGCUGGCGGACCCGUCUUUCAGCUUGGUGUGUGGCACAGACAGCGACUCCGCCUGUUAUCUGCUGAGGAAUCUGUGCUAGUUGGACUUUUUGAUCAGUUCCAACAAUGAGCAGGGAAAUGAAUUUCACUGAAAUCCUCAGUGUUAUUGGAGGCUUCGGGAGGUUCCAGAAGAUCUUGUAUGUGUGGAUCUGCGUGCCUCAGAUCUUUCUGGCAUUCCACAUGCUGGUCUCAGUGUUCACCGGGGCUGUUCCUCUUCAUCUGUGUCGCUCUCAAAGUCACAGAGUGGGCUCGCCAUCCUCUCAGAACUUCAGCCUUGUGGCUGGUCCUGGUGGUCAGAUGGACAUGUCCUGCACCAUGUCCCUGAACAACAGCGGGGCUGCAGUUCUUAAGGAUGGACACCCGACGGCGAGCUGCUCGGAGGGCUGGGAGUACAGCCGAGAGACCUUCCAAAGCACAGUAGUGACUGAGUGGGACCUUGUUUGUGCCAACUCCAGCCUGAAUAACUUGGGGUCUUCAAUCUACAUGUUUGGUCUUCUUGUUGGAGCAGUUGUAUUUGGACAUUUGGCUGAUAAAUAUGGGCGCAGGAUCAUCAUUCUCACUAGCUUGGCUAUUCAGGCUACAUUUGGUGUUGCUGCAGCUUUUGCUCCAAACUUUUAUGUCUACACGGCCCUUCGCUUCAUGGUGGGAACAUCCAUCUCUGGUGUGAUAAUGAAUGCCUUUGUACUAGGAACCGAGUGGACGGGUGUCAAACAUCGAAUGCUAGCUGGUAUAAUCACAGACUACUUCUUUGGCUUUGGCUACAUUUUAUUGGCUGGAGUGGCGUACCUCAUCAGAGACUGGCGGAAGCUGCAGCUUGCUAUAUCAGCACCUGGCUUCCUCUUCAUCAUCUACAUCUGGGUGUUGCCUAAAUCAGCUCGUUGGUUAAUGGCCAACAACAGGAAUGAGGAAGCGUGGGAAAUUAUUGUGAAGGCCGCACAGAUGAAUGGGAGGCUUAUAACCAAAGACCUGGAAAUGUGUCAGACCUACCAACCUAAAGACAAAACCACGCUGAAGAAAUACUCCUUCCUUGACCUGAUUCGAACCCCUACUAUGAGGAAGCAGUCUCUGAUUGUUUUUUAUCUCUGGUUUGUUAAUGUUCUUGUGUACUACAGUCUGUCCCUCAACAUUUCUGACUUUGGCAUGAACCUCUACCUGACCCAGAUGAUCUUCGGUCUGGUUGAGAUGCCCGCACGCACCAUAACCCUUUUCACACUCAACCAGUCCAGAAAAUUUUCUCAGUUGGCGUUUCUUGGAGUUGGAGGCUCUGCUUGUCUUUUGACCACUUUCAUUCCAGACAGCCUGCCCAUUGUCAGAACAAUUCUAGCUAUGAUUGGGAAGUUUGGAAUCACAGCUUCGCUGUCCAUCAUCUAUGUUUACUCAGCUGAAGUGUUCCCCACGGUAAUUAGACAAAGUGGGAUUGGGAUAGGAUCCAUGUGUGCACGGAUUGGGGGUGUCCUUGCCCCUAUGAUGUACCUCCUGAGGGGUAUCAGUCCUCAUGCGCCCAUGGUUCUGUCUGGUCUCUGUCCUCUGUUGGGUUCAGUCCUCACCCUGCUGUUGCCUGAGACGGCAAACAAACCACUGCCAGACACCAUAGAAGAUGUGGAGGGAACCAACCUCAGUCUGGGUGUACAGCCCAGCUCACCAUGUUCUUCAGCCUGUAGCUCAAGGAAGAGUCCAUUGACUUUGUUCCUGGUUCCUCCACCAUCACCUGGGACCAGCUGUGAAUCAUCCAGCAAUCAGUCAGAUGGGAGCUGCUGAGUGGCUCAUAAAGGACUUCCUGUUCUGCCUGCCGUUGGGGAGCAGCUGUGUGCCAUUUCCCGCAUCUGGCCAGCUUUGUUUGAACAAUGUGAAGUUUGUGAACUUUGGUGGUUUACUGGUGUGUAAUUGUUGCUUGUUAGGAUUGUUAGCUCUUAAAACUUAGUUUAGGUUAUUUGUUUUUGAAAGUUCUUACCCCGAGUUUAAAGUGGGUUAGCUGUCCACUUUAGUUUUGUUUAGGUGUGGUGACUGCUUUAGUUUGAAUGUUUGGAAUAACCUCGGUAUUGAGCGCCCUAAGUUCAUUCCUUAUUUUGCCCUGUGUGCCAGUGGGCCUUUCUCUGUGUGUUCUGUUAUUUCUUAUCUGUGCUUUUCUGGAUAUUGUAAUUUUUUUUUACCUUUUGCUAUUAAAUGCAUGAGAGGGGUGGCUUGGGCAACAUGUGUACAAUAGGAGGAAAGAAAAUUAAACAGUGCUUCAAAGGUCA